UCUCGACAUUCUCACGACCAUAGUUCGAUCCUCUCAACCAUGUUUUCUCCCCCGACGUCCACCGAGGACUGGGAUCUUGAAUAUGGCGACUAGGCUUAUACGAAAACCGCUGGCCUGCGGUGGCUUUCUACUAUCUGGUUGGCACAUUGAACCACUCAUGGCGAAGUGUCGACUUUACACCUCCGAUCGAUCCCCCGAAGCUUCCGAAGCUCCUACUCCCGAUGCAAGCGAUAACACACCAGAGAAGGAGAAGGGCGCCAUGUCGCGCAAGCUCGAGGAAGCUACAGAGGAAGCUCUUUUGACUGGUGGGCGGCGCGGGCGUCAAGCUAUCGAAGAUGCUGGGUUCUCUGAAGAGCUGAAACAGCGGCUUCUCGAUAAGGUCGAAACCGCCAAGUUUCGUUCCCAAUACGCAUCCGCUUUCGCUGAAGCUGAAAUGCCCGCAUCAGCAGGCGAGGGAACACGUUCAAUGGCCACUGCGCAGGCUUGGACGGGCGACGAGUCGCAAUCUGAUGCGGUCUUGCGAAUGCUCAGCGAUGCGAAGAAGCCUCUCAAGCCCGAGCUGCGGGGGCAGUUCCAGAUCCCGCCCGUCGACAUGCGAAUGCGAAAGGACCCAAAGAUCAACCCUAGUCAGCGGGCUGCUAACGCUCGCGAGAAGGCCUCGACGUAUACAGGACUGGGGUUCAAAGAGCAAAGCGGGCCGAGCGCCAAAGAACGCGAAGAAUUCAGGAAGGAGCUUCGAGAUCGCUUUGGGGCGGCAGCCAGAGCUGUACCGAAUACCAUAGCAGGCCUUGAGUCGCUAGCCAAUGAGAGAAUCGAAGACGCCAUUGCUCGUGGACAAUUCAAGAACAUCCCCCGCGGCAAGGGGGUUGAAAGAGACGCAAGAGCCGACAAUCCCUUUAUCGAUACCACCGAGUACAUAAUGAACAAGAUGAUCAAGAGGCAAGAGAUUGUGCCACCAUGGAUAGAGAAGCAGCAAGAGUUGGCAAAGACCGCCGGCGUGUUUAGAGCGAGGUUACGCAACGAUUGGAGGAGGCACGUGGCCAGGAUGAUCUCGUCAAAGGGCGGAAGCUUGGAAGAGAAGAUGCAAUUGGCCGAGGACUAUGCUCGUGCAGAGGAACGCCAUAACCCGCGCAAGAGGAACAGCGACAGUCUUUCGGUGCCCACCAAUGUGACGGGUGAUCCUGUCAUGGCGAAGGUGCAUCAACCGGUGGUCGAGGGCAACAGCACCGGCGAAUCCGGAGCAGAGGCAACAAAAGCGAAGCAUGUCCGGCCACCGCUACAACCAUUCCGUGACUCUGACUGGCUUGCAACUGAGAGCUCGUACAUGAAUCUCGCCGUCAACAACCUCAAUGCGAUCGCACGUUCCUAUAACCUUAUGGCGCCUGAACUGGCGAAGAAGCCAUAUUACUCCCUUGAGCGCGAGCUAAAGGCUUGUUAUGCCGAUGUCGCGCCACUUGUGGCGGAAACUAUUCGCGAGAGAGCCACCAGGCCGACAAAGACGUUGUUCGAUGCAGCAGGAGGCGGCCAAGUCACGGUCUUUGACCGAUUUAGCAAGGAGGGAACAUCGGCUAAGAUAUACGAUUCAAGGGCCCCUCACUAUGGCUUCAAGGAGAUGUGGAGGGAUCUUUUCAACUGAAAGGAGAUGUAUUUGUACGUCCGGCCUAAUACAAUGAGGUCAAUGAGUUCCAUAUGCCUUGGACUGGCCGCAAUCGACAACGGGAGUGGGAUGCGUAUCUCCAUCAUUGACGUCUCCUUCCCAACGCGACGGAAAUGUUAUGAACAUCCACCUGCUGAAAUUUAGCCUGCCUCCCGAAGUAUCAUUUGGCCCUGAUCGGGUCAUUGUGAAGAGCGAUUCUCAUCGUACGACCAGCUACCCCAACCGGGCUUGACAACAUGUAGCACUCGCUUUGUAUCGGAACGUUGAUGGAUUGCUGAGAACCUACGGGGGAAUAGGGUUAGCAUGGUCCGCUAACAGCCGGCGCCCAGUAUGUAUGCCCUCACAGUGAACUAUGCCAGCCUUAUUCUAUCUGGGUCAGCUACUCUCGUCGCUCAGUAACAGUCAAAGCCUUCAUGGUCAACUUCUCCCCCCCCCCCCCCCCCCCU